UCUGGUUCACUCCCCAAAUGGCCACAACAGCCAGGGCUGAGCCAGGCCAAACCCAGGAGCCAGGAACUCCAUCUUGGUCUCCCUCAUGGAUAGCAGAGGCCCAAGUACUUGGACCAUCUUCCAUGGCCUUUCCAGGUGCAUUAGCAGGGAGCUUUAUCAAAAGCAGAGCAGUGGGCACUUGAACUGGUGCUCCUCCAUUGAACGCUAGUGUCACAAGCAGCAAAUUAACCGACUGUGCCACAAUAUCAGCCCCAGAUUUCAGAGUUUCUGAUGAGGGGCACUCAGUACUCAACACUCUCAAGCAACUACGUGUUGCAGGAAACAGAAUUAUAGUCAAGAAUGCUACAGGAGAAAGCUCCAAACCAGAACCAGCUGGGCUGCUUGAGCUACUUUCCCUCUUAAUGAGGGCUUGUCCAUGAACUUCCACUGAAUCUGCUCAUUAUAGCCCAACUCAUUAUAGCCCAUUAUAGUUCAGCUUGGGGGGCUGGGCAAUGCAUGAAUGACUGGAUAGGACAGAAAUUCACUUUGAAUCAUUCAUUUCAGUUCUUCUAGAGUGCUGUGAGGGAAUUAUAGGAGGAAAAGAAGUGCCACCUUAUGGAAGACGCUACAUGGUCCUAAUAAAAGGGCUGGAAGUUUGUGCAGGGGCUUUGAUCAACGACAACUGGGUGUUGACGGCUGCUCACUGUGACCUAAAGGGAGAGCCUCAAGUUAUUCUUGGGGCCCACACCGCAUCCCAUAAAGAGAAGCUUGAGCAAGUAUUUUCCAUUCAAAGGGCAAUUUCCUAUCCCUGCUAUGACCCGCAGACAUUUGAAGGGGAUCUUCAACUCCUUCAGCUGAAAGGUAAAGCAACAAUCACCAAAGCUGUAGGAAUACUUCCGCUACCCAGAACAGGAGAAGAUGUCAAGCCUCACACCAAGUGUCACGUGGCAGGAUGGGGCAGCACCAAAAAAGACUCGUGCAAGACUUCCAAUACCUUGAGAGAAGUCAAUGUCACUGUGAUAGACAGAAGAGUAUGCAAUGAUGCAAAGCACUAUAAUCUCAAGCCAGUUAUUGAAAACAGCAUGAUCUGUGCUGGUGGCAGAAAAGGUGAAGAUGAUUCAUGUCAAGGGGACUCUGGAAGCCCUCUCAUCUGCAACAACAUUUUCAGGGGUGUCACUUCAUUUGGAAAAUGUGGUAACUCCCAGAAGCCUGGAAUCUAUAUUCUCCUUACAAACAAAUAUCUCAGCUGGAUUAAGAAAACCAUUGCAGGAGCCAUCUGACCUGCCUUCUUCAAAGCAGAGAUCCGAGGGACCAUCUGGAGAUGUCGAGAAAGGGGGUUUUAGCUUGAUGCAUCCCGAGAAGCACCUCUACAAUGUCCUAAUUCUGUGUGCAAAUGACAGCUUGUCUGAAACAAUUCAUCAGUAAAAAAAGCAGCUUCCUGCUUUCACGCGCGCAUGACCAGUUCAGACUGCAUCGUCACGCUUACUCUCUAGCCACAGCAAGAGAUGCCCUUAAGAACAGGUUUCUCAGUUCAGUGCCUCUUGGCUUUACGUGGAAUUUCAGAACUGUCACUUUCAUGUUUGCUGUUAAAAGAAAGUCAAGGGGCCUGCACUGUGGCACAGCGCGUUAAGCUGCAGCUUACGACAUAGGUAUUCCUUAUGGGAGCACAGGUUCAAGUCCCAGCCGCUCCACCUCUGAUCCAGCUUCCUGCUAACAUGCCUGUGAAGGCAGCAGAGAUAACGUAAGUGCUUGCAUUCUUGGCUCUUGCCUUUGGCCUGGUCCAGUUCUGGCUGUUUCAGCCAUUAGGUAGUAAAUCAGCAGAUGGAAGAUCUCACUCUGUCUCUCCCUCUCUUCCUUUCAAAUAAAUAAAUUGCUUAACUUUUUCAAAAAACCAUCAAUCCCAAAAAAAGAAUAUGCUCUGUUCUUGGGACUGAGAGCCCAACAUUCUAUUCAGUAUGGGAGGAAGGGUGAGAUAAAGGGGGUUCACUUCUGACUGUACACUCCUGUAUAUUUUAUAUUUUACAAACCGCUUAAAGACUAUGAGAAACACUGAGUGUGUGUUUUAGAUAUUUGGGGAAUUUGAGGCUAGGGAUGGUUCAGGACAACUGCAUCACUGAAUUACAACUAGACUGAAGUUUCAUACACCUGUACGCUUCAGCUCUGUUUCCUUUUGCUUUAGCUAGCCAAUCUAUCCAUGCAAGCACUAAACUUGGUUCUGUUAUUCUUAAUAAAUUGUAACAUCUAUCGUAUAUGAUUAUCUUUUUGUUGUACUAUUUUUCCUCCCAAAAAGCUGAGCUAUAAUAAACUCAUUCCCUAAUGAUUCUGACUGAUUUGUCCAAUUUAAUUCAUCGCUAUGUACCAGGCUUUGUUCCCAGCUCUGUGGGUACAGAGGAACCUACCAAAGUGCUCAAAGUCUAGCAGAAGAAAAAGAAAAAGAAAAAAAAAAGAUACCCACUUCGUACUCAGAAGAACAUGCAGCAGAACAAGGGUAACAUGGCAACUGGAGAGCUGGAGAAAAGAUAGAUAAUAUCUCACACUCCCUGGGGUCAUCGCAGGUCACCUCAGUUCCUCCUGAGAUCUGCCCUCUCUUUGGACAGAGCUCGCAAGUUCCGGAUUCCUGGCAGGAAUUUCCACAGACCUCCCAGCAGCCUGGUGGAAAGAUCUCUGGUUUACAAGGUAGAAAUCAGAUCCAUUCCCAAGAAGUUUAAGACCUUGAGAGAAUUUCUCUGUGCCUCCAUUUUCACAUCAGUAAACUAGUAACAGUAACAUAUAAGGAUCUAAAAUGAAGCAGCCCUAGAAUUUAAAGUUAAGAAUUGU